GUUAUCCUAAUGUUUGUCUGUGUGUUGACAAAGGAAUCUGUAGAAAUUGCUCCAGUGCCAUAUACAUUGCAAGCCCAUUGGGUAGCUUCAAAUGGAAGAGACCCCUCUAACCCCUUGAGGAGAGAAAAGAAGCAGGUGCAGUGUCAACUAGGACAAUACCUACAUCCCAGAGGGACUCACUGCUGCAUGAGAUGCCACGCAGGUACCUACAAGGCAAAAGACUGUGAUCGGCCUGGCCAGGCACCUGUCUGUCUCCCCUGUGCUAAUGGCACAUUCACGGCUGUUGAUAACACCAUAUCUAAAUGCUACCCCUGUACCCGUUGCCGUACAGAAUUCCAACAGAUAGUGGAGAGUCCCUGCACCCUGAAGCAAGAUACGGUGUGUGGCUGUCGGAAGAAUCAGUAUCAGAUCUCCAUGUUCGACUUCUUCCAGUGUAGGAACUGCAGCUCGUGUGCCAAUGGGAUUAUUGCCAACUGCUCAAAGAACAGAGACACGAUUUGCAGGUGUAAGCCUGGCUUCUUCCUGACACUGAGUAACGUUUGCAAGCCUUGCAACAGCUGCAUUGGAGAAGAAUGUUUGCAGUGUCAUAGCCCAGUGACUACCUCACCGACUUCAUCUGGGCCGAAUGGGAGCCUUGUCCUUGGCAUCAUAGUGGCAAUAUUCGGCAUUAUCUCUGUCCUCUACGUUGUAAAUAAAGUAGUGAAGCUGGUCCGGGGAGAUGGGAUGCCAUCAUCUUUCUACUCCUGUGUUUCUUUGCUGCACGCAACCAAGGAGCCAGUAUCUGAGGUUGAGGUAAAAAGAAAUGAAAUUUCCAUCCUUGCUCCCGAGUCCCAGAAGGAAAUAGAAUUGUCAGUGAAUGCCACACCAUCUGCACCUCUGCUGCAAAGUUCACAAGAGCUACCAGACUGUGUCAGUCCUGCCAGGAAGACACAGCUUCCAGACAACCCUGUUAUUCUCUACACGGUGGUGGAUCACGUGCCGUUCUCCCGGUGGAAGGAGUUUGUGAGGCGGCUGGGCCUGAGCGACUACGAGCUGGAGCGAAUCGAGGCGGAGCACCGGCACUUGCGGGACGCCCAGUACGAGAUGCUUAGACUGUGGAAGCUGCACAUGGGCCACGCCGCCACCGUGGAGUACAUCAGCUGCGUUCUCAACCAGAUGGAGCUCAGUGGCUGCAGUGAAGCUAUUCAAGAGGCUUUGCUAAACCAGAACUCUCUUCAACCUUGCAGCCUCCACAGCCAUCUUUAA